AUGUAUCGAAAAGGAAUAACAUAUGUGAUCAAUGUUCACGACUAUGCACCCUCGAAACUUGAAAAUUCCCUGCCAUGGUUUUCAUUACCGAGACGACGCUUGCUGAAUAUUUUCCGAAAUUUUCAAGUGAUUCCCAAGCAUUCCGAAUUUGAUCGAUUUUCACGCGAAAUCUGCAUGAAUUCCGAAACAUGUGUUGAAGUGCAAUUAUAUAUGAAUGUGCUAGAAAAUUUUGAAGUCGUCUUAAAAUUCAUUGAAGUGCAACAAAGAGCGAAGAGAAGUAGAAAAGCAAGUGAUGGAAUCGGCGCUAACGACUUCACCUUAAACGUUAUGCUACCUUUUAAACAAGACAGUAAAACCGACACGAGAACUUUAUUGGAGUGA